AUGGUCCACUGGACCACACAGUGGGGGACAUGUGUCUGGCUCCAGACUCUCCUGGCGUUUGGCCUGACCGCCUGUCCGUCACAGACCCCCAGUCCGGUGAACUUCUCUGUGGUGUACACCAUGCCCUUCUUCCAAGCCCGAGGCCCCAUUCAGAACAUAGUCAACAACUCGUAUUUCCAGGAAGUGUAUGUGGCCUCUCAAAAUGUGAUCGAAGCUGUCAACAGAAGCCUGGAGAAGGUGUGGGAGCUCCAUACGGGGCCAGUGGGGAGCCCAGAGUGCCAGAUAUGUGAUUUGUGCGACAUUGACAAGGAUCCCAACCUUCUAGAGGACACUAACAACCAGGUCUUGUUGUUGGAUACUCUCUUUAUGUAUUUAUAUUCCUGUGGAAGUUCUCAGUAUGGCGUGUGCUAUUUCCACCAGCUGAACUCAAAUGGAGAGCCUCCUUCUCCAUCGAGGUGUUUGUUCAGAAAGGAAUCGAACUCUGCAGCUUACUGUCCUGACUGCGUGGCGAGCCCUCUCGGUACCAAAGUCACCAUGGUGGAGGAAGGUCAGACUCUCUACUUUUUUGUUGCCACUUCUGUCAAUGACAGCGUGACUGAGCGUUAUGGCAGGAAGUCUAUAUCGGUUCGCCGACCGCUGGCGACAGAGGAUGGUUUCUACGGCGACGUGCGCAGCCUGACUGUCCUUCCCAGCCUGCGGCGGACGUACCAUAUCGACUAUGUCUACAGCUUUUUCACUCAGGAGUACGUUUACUUCCUUUCGGUCCAGAGAGAGAGCCCGGACCUGGACUCGUCGCCGUUUCAGACUCGCCUGGGACGCCUCCCUCGAAAUGAAUGGGAGAUGAAGCGAUACCGCGAAUUGAUUUUGGAGUGUCGCUUUGAACCAAAACGCAGGAGGAGGAACGCAGCCAGCGAGCCGUAUAAGGACGUUGUCUAUAACGUGGUCCAAGCCGCUCACUUUGGCAAGGCAGGCAGGGAGCUGGCGGAGGAGUUAGGGGUGGAGGAGGAAGAUGACAUCCUCUACGGUGUGUUCGCUGUUACUGAUGACAAUGGGGUGACGGAGCACGACUCCGCCCUCUGCGCCUUCCCCAUGGACAUUGUCAACAAAGCAAUUGUUGAUGGGGUGGAUGAUUGCUGCAAGGCCGGACCAGAACAGCUCUCCAGAGGCCUCUGCCAUUUCCAGCAGUGUGAGAGCUGUCCACAUGAGAGCAUGGAGAACAAUGCGACGUGCAGGGACCAUCCCACCAUGGUGUCCAAGCCGUACUACAGAGUGGACCUCUUCAACAGGAAGAUGACCAACGUGCUGCUCACCUCUCUCCUGGUCACCACCAUCGACAACAAGACAGUCGCCCACAUCGGCACCUCCACAGGACGCCUGCUUCAGCUUGUGUUGACGAGAUCCAGCCCCAUCAUCUUUGCCAACUAUUCUUUGGUAGAGAACCAGAGGGUCUCCUCCAUCGCUGCUGUGUACUCCUCAGAGGAUCUCCUCUUUGUGGUUGGAGACAAGAUGAUUCAGGUGCCCCAGCGGGGGCCGGGCUGCCAGCACUUCAUGACUUGCGCCAUGUGCCUGACAGCCCCGAAGUUCAUGGGCUGCGGCUGGUGCUCUGGGGUGUGUUCGUGGGAGAGCGAGUGCCACAGCCGCUGGAGGAACGAGUCCUGCCCACCUGGGAUCACCGGGUUCUUCCCCCGGACUGCGCCGCCUGACGGCCAAACGGAGCUGACGGUGUGUGGCUGGGAGUUCCAGUCCCCUCUAAAGCCUCCUAUCACCACCAGGACCCACCAGGUCCGGGUGGGACACACCGCCUGCACGGUGCUUCCAGUUAAAAGCAACAGCACGCACUUAGUGUGUAAGAUUCGCUCCGGCGCCAGUGAGCUGUCCAAGCCCGUCAAGAUAACAGUGGAGGUGUAUGAAGGCAAGGUGGAGGGCCGCUACUCUAUUGGCGGCAAGGCAGAAAUGCCAGGGUUCACAUUUGUGAUUCCCAAUAUCACAAACAUCCGGCCGAACUACGGGCCUCAGGUCGGAGGAACGCUCAUCACAGUGACUGGGCCUCACCUGGACUCUGGGAAAACCAGGAGGGUCCAUCUGGACGGAGUGGAGUGCCCCAUACAAAGAGUCACAGAGCCAAAAAACAAUGUUUCAUCCAUCAUCUGUCUGUCCAAGCCCAUCUCCGAGGUGAGGGAUGUUCCCCUGAGUGUUUAUAUUGACAAGUCGCCGGUCCUCACUACAAAGGUGUUUUACUACAAGAAAAACCCGACGAUUACGGCCGUCGUGCCCGACUGUAGCUUUGACAGGGGUUCAAAGAUUGUGAUCGAAGGAGAGAACCUGGAUUCUGUUUAUCGUACCAUCAUCCACUUCAAGCCAAAUGAAAGCCACCUGAAACCUGUGACAGGGGAAUGCUUUGGCAAGUCGGCAACAAAGAUGGAGUGCGUCACUCCCGUGUUCCACAAAGAUGAGACUGAGGAAGGAGAGCUGUCCUUCGACAUGGACGGAGCGCUGGGUCUGUGGAAAAAAGAGUUUUCCUAUCACCCGUACGGCAAACCCAUACCCUUUGAAACAGAAGGACAUGUGCUCAGUUUGUACCCAGGUUUUGAUGAAGUGUCACUGCAUCAUCAGAAGCUGAACCUGGUGAGCUCCUGCAUGACCAUUAUCAUGACGGUGGCAGGUGUCGACUGUGAUGCUAAAGUCCUGGACAACGAAAUAACCUGCAGAAUCCCCAAAAACAUGACCAUUCCCAGCGAGGGACUGCCAGUGAAGAUCUCCAUUAACGGGCAGGUUCACAAUGUCGGGACGGUGGUGAGGGUCAGCAACCAUUACAUGGUGGGGAUAGUUCUGGGGAUUCUUGCCGCUCUGGUUGCUGGAGCCGUGCUGGCCUUUGUUGUCAUGAAGCACCUGAGGAAGAAGAAGAAAGCCUCCAUGGUGGAGAUGCGUUUGGCCCACAGCGCUAGUCGCUCUGGAACAAACAAUGUGGAGCUCUCCCCUGUUGGAGACUACAGAAGAGUAGUAUCUCUGAGUCCUCCCACCCCUCUGGUGGGUCCGGUGGUCUUCCCCAGCCUGGCCUAUGCUUCAGGCAGCAUAGAUUCGACCCUCACACCUCUGAUGCCCGCAGAGAAGAUCUCCAUCUCCAGUUUCAGGCCGGAGCUGCUGGAGGAAGUGAAGGACGUUCUCAUUCCUGCAGAGAUGUUGAUCGUGCAGCACCACCGGAUCAUAGGGAAGGGCCAUUUUGGAACUGUCUAUCACGGUUACUUCACAGACCCCAGCCACAGAGAAAUCCACUGCGCUGUCAAGUCUUUGAAUAGAAUAACAGAUGUCGACGAGGUUGAACAGUUUCUGAAGGAAGGCAUCAUAAUGAAGGGCUUCCACCACAGCAAUGUGCUGUCUCUGCUGGGCAUCCUCCUGCCCCAGGAAGGGCUCCCUCUGGUGGUGCUGCCGUACAUGAAACACGGGGACCUGCGGCACUUCAUACGCUGCGACAAGCGGAAUCCCACUGUAAAGGACCUGAUCGGCUUUGGCCUGCAGGUUGCCAAGGGGAUGGAGUAUUUGGCUCAGAAGAAGUUUGUACACAGAGAUCUGGCGGCACGCAAUUGCAUGCUGGACGAGUCGUACACGGUGAAAGUGGCAGACUUCGGGAUGGCCAGAGAUGUCUUUGACAAGGAGUAUUAUAGUAUUCAGGACCACAAGAAGGCGAAGCUGCCAGUCAAGUGGAUGGCUAUCGAGAGUCUGCAAACACAGAAAUUUACCUCCAAGUCUGAUGUGUGGUCAUUUGGUGUUCUGAUGUGGGAGAUGCUGACCAGAGGAGCCAGUCCGUACCCAGAGGUGGAUCCAUAUGACGUAACGCACUACCUACUGAAGGGCAGGAGGCUCCCCCAGCCGCAGUACUGCCCCGACCCGCUAUACAGCAUCAUGCUGCAGUGCUGGGACCCCGACCCAGAGCUGAGGCCCAGCUUCGCCACGCUGGUGUCGGCCGUCUCCACCAUCCUGACGGGCUUGGAGGGGGAGCACUACAUCAGCCUGAACAUCACCUACGUCAACCUGGACCAGCCGCAGCCGUACCCCGCCCUCACAGAGUCCGCUGAUGAGUAUGACUCAACGGACGUCGAAGACUCGGGCUCUGUGUCGUCCUGAUCCGCCGGU